GAUUUUACAGGUGUACUUUUAGUCUAUAAUACUUUAUUGUAAUUAUAUAUUACUAUAAUUAUACAUAUUAUAUGCUCUGCACCCAUCUACUGAGGGAGGAGAAUUUAUAGUACAAAAAGGACUCAAAUAUUGAUCAGUUUCUCACCCACAUCUAUCAUAUUGCUUCAGAAGGCAUAGAUUUAACCUCUGGAGUCUCGUGGAUUACUUUUAUGCUGCCUUUAUGUGCUUUUGGUGCUUCAAAGUUUUGUUCACCCUUCACUUGCAUUGCCAGCCCUGGACCAACAGAGCUGAGAUAUUCUUCUGAAAAUCUGUUUGUGUUCAGCAGGAAUAAAAAAAAUAAAAAUAAAAAAUAAAUAAAAAAGAAGAAAAAGAAGAAGAAGAAGAAGAAGAAGAAAAAGAAGACAUAUACAUCUAGGAUGGCAUGAGUGUGAGUAAAUGAUGGGAGAAUUUAAAUUUUUGGGUGAACUAUUCCUCUAAGACAAAAAGAGAAAAUAACACAAUCUUUACAAACCAAUAUGUUUAUAUGGGACAUUCACAACUAUUUUAAUGUAGAACAUUUUCUAAUAAAGAUAACAGUAAGAUAAAGUCAGCUGCACACGUUUUAAAAAUGUGUUUGAAAAUGUACAUUUUUAAAGUAGCAUAUAUUCCAUCUCUUUAUUGCCAGAUUCAUUCAUGGUGGAAAAGAACAAUAAUGACAGAAAUAUAAAUUACAAGAAAUAAAGAUGCUUAAAUUUGAAACCAGAAUCACUUGGUGAGGAAUACAGCACGAGAUAAUUGUAAUUGAGCGCGAUCCAGUCCAGUGGGUGGCGCUAAUGAGACGUGAAAAGCACAAUCCAAAACUCAGUAAGCACUGCCAUCUAGUGUAUUAAAUUGAAUAUUAAAACUGCAUUUGAUCCAUGUAGCAGAGAUUGUUGUUUUGCGCUGUUUGUCUUGUUUUGUCUUGUUUCCUUUCUUGCUAUCAACGCAGUGGAGAAGAAGUGGCAGCACGCUGCUGGGUGAGUAUAUGCUACUGUCAAAUAUCUGACUUACACCGACCCGUUAUACAAAGACAUCCAGAAAACUAAUAACAAGAUAUGCUGUACUGAGCUGCGAGUGUGAUUAUAAUCAGAUCAACAUGAACAGUCGGCAGUGGGCCUUUUUAUUGACUAAUUUACUAGUUGUUGUUUUCAGACAAACAUUGGCAGUAUUGGUGACUGGUGUCAGUGCUUGUCGGUGCUGGUGGACUCGCCAUAUCUAGCUGAGAGGAUUCAGAAUUGAACUGGUUUAAUCCAGUUGUCUAGUUUCUAAGUAGUCUGGAAAAAUCAAAGACCGCCAUUGAAACAGCUUUGAAAAUGGUUCUCAGAAAAUACAAAGUUCAAGUAUUGGACAUUGUAUUGCAUGCUGCUUUAUCACGGCAGGAAAUCUGUGUCCCAUCCUGACAAAAAAUUGGACCGUGAUGAGUGCCAGUUCCUGACUGGACAUGUGGACUGUUAGGUAAGAUCCAACUGAGGAGACACUGCUUCAGACACGGCCCUGCCCAAGACAAACAGGAUCUGAACCCUGGGGUCACGGACUCUCCAUUGCCAAAGGAGACAUUUCUUCAGUGUUAUUAUAGGAAAUGGCUAAUAAUAGAUGACAAGAAAGCCAAAGUGUUCUUUCAGCAGAGUCUUCUUUUGUAGCAGCCUCAGCCAGAGAAGACCGCUGUCCUCGAUUUUGAUAAAUCAUGAUCCCCAUAACUGAGCUGCGCUAUUUUGUGGAUACGCAACCUGCAUAUCGCAUACUAAAGCCAUGGUGGGACGUGUUCACAGACUACUUAUCAGUAAUUAUGCUGAUGAUUGCCGUAUUUGGUGGCACGCUUCAGGUCACACAGGACAAGAUGAUAUGCCUACCCUGCAAAUGGGUGGUUAACAAGACUUGUAGAAAGUAUUUCAAUUCAACUUUUUCUGUGCCCUUGACCCUUGAACCUCAAGGAAUCCAGUAUGAUCUUGAUCGUCACCAGUACAACUAUGUCGAUGCUGUGUGCUAUGAAAACAAGCUUCACUGGUUUGCAAAGUAUUUCCCAUAUUUGGUGCUGCUGCAUACUCUCAUCUUUCUGGCUUGCAGCAACUUCUGGUUCAAAUUCCCUUGGACAAGCUCUAAAUUGGAACAUUUUGUGUCUAUUCUUUUGAAAUGUUUUGACUCGCCAUGGACCACACGAGCUCUGUCUGAAACAGUAGUGGAGGAAAGUGACCCCAAAGCUCUGGUGAAAAUGAAUGGUUCCUUCGAUAAGAAGGCUUCAUGUGUCAGCGAGGAUGUUGAGGCGAGUGUUCCUAUGCUGUCAACAACCAGGUCUCGUUUUGAACAAGGAAUUGUGGACCACUCUGAAACUGGUGUCCUGGACAAAAAGGAAGGUGAACAGGCUAAGGCAUUGUUUGAAAAGGUGAAGAAGUUUCGAAUUCAUGUCGAAGAGGGGGACAUAGUGUACAGACUCUACAUCCGACAAACUAUCAUCAAAGUAGUUAAGUUUAUCCUUAUAAUCUGCUAUUCAGGUUACUAUGUCCACAAUAUUCAAUUCAGUGUUGACUGCAGUGUGGAUAUUGAGAAUCUCACAGGUUAUCGGAUGUACAAUUGUGCCCAUCCCUUGGCCACUCUCUUUAAAAUCUUAGCUUGCUUCUACAUCAGCCUAGUAGUUGUGUAUGGGAUGAUCUGCAUGUACACCCUCAGCUGGAUGCUACGACGUUCGCUCAAGAAGUACUCUUUUGAGUCUAUCAGGGAGGAGAGUAGCUACAGUGACAUCCCAGAUGUGAAAAAUGACUUUGCCUUCAUGUUGCAUAUGAUUGACCAGUACGACCCCCUCUAUUCCAAACGAUUUGCCGUUUUCCUCUCAGAGGUGAGUGAGAACAAACUUCGCCAGAUGAACCUUAACAACGAGUGGACUUUGGACAAGCUUCGGCAGAGGAUCACCAAAAACUCGCAAGAGAAGUUAGAGCUGCACCUCUUCAUGCUCAGUGGAAUUCCAGACACAGUCUUUGACCUGGUAGAGCUGGAGGUUCUGAAACUUGAGCUCAUCCCUGAUGUCACUUUACCACCUAUCAUUGCCCAACUUACUAACCUCCGAGAGAUGUGGCUCUACCACACACCAGCCAAAAUAGAAGCUCCAGCUCUAGCGUUUCUGAGAGAGAACUUGAAAUCAUUGCACAUCAAAUUCACUGACAUAAAGGAGAUCCCUCUGUGGAUCUACAGCUUGAAGAACCUAAGCGAGCUGCAUCUGACGGGGAACCUUAGUUCUGAAAACAAUCGCUUCAUUGUCAUUGAUGGUUUACGAGAGCUGAAGAGACUAAAGGUUUUGAGACUUAAAAGCAACCUUACAAAGCUGCCGCAGGUGGUCACCGAUGUUGGAAUGCACCUUCAAAAGCUGUCCAUCAACAAUGAAGGCACCAGGUUGAUGGUGCUCAACAGCUUGAAGAAGAUGGUGAACCUGACAGAGCUGGAACUCAUCCGCUGUGAUUUGGAACAAAUACCACAUUCCAUCUUCAGCCUGCACAACUUACAGGAGAUUGAUCUUAAAGACAAUAACCUCAAAACCAUUGAGGAGAUCAUCAGUUUUCAGCAUCUUCAUCGACUUGUUUGUCUGAAACUGUGGUACAAUCAGAUUGCUUAUAUACCUAUCCAGAUAGGUACACUGACCAAUCUGGAGCGCCUCUAUUUGAACCGCAACAAGAUUGAGAAGAUGCCAAAUCAGCUCUUCUUCUGCCGGAAGCUUAGGUUUCUUGAUCUAAGCCAUAACAAUCUAACAGACAUCCCAUCUGAAAUUGGAACUUUGCUGAACCUUCAGUACCUUGCUGUAACUGCCAAUAAGAUUGAGGCUCUUCCCUCUGAGUUGUUUCAGUGUAAGAAAUUGCGUACACUGAACCUCGGAAACAACUGCCUGCUGUCCCUGCCCUCUCGAUUUGGGGAGCUCACCAGUCUGACACAGCUGGAGCUUAGGGGCAACAGGCUGGAGUGCCUGCCUGUAGAACUCGGAGAGUGCAGGUCACUGAAGAGGAGUGGUAUAAUUGUGGAGGACAAUAUUUUCAACACUUUACCAUCAGAGGUCAAAGAGCAGCUUUGGAGAAAUGAAAAAGAGGCUGCUUGAAAACGAGAUGCAGAAACCUGGAAGCACUUCCCUGUGUGAAGAUUUUAUGAAAUGCUGUGUGGAGGGGAAUUUUAACCAAGCAAUACUCUAGAAUUAGAUUUGUCACAUUUUUCAGGGUUGAGGAUGUUGUUUCCUGGAAGACAAAGGAAAAAUUGCUUCAAGUAAGUAUUGGGCAUUUGUCAUGUUUUAGUGAUCAGAAGUAAUAUUAAGUAACCCAGACAGUAAUGGUAUUUCUGCUGUUAGACAUUUAGGGGGAGUGAGCAGACCAAAUAUUACAUCUGGAUUGAAGUGCUGUUCAUUUUUGCCUUAAUUAAAAUAGACAACACAAUUUUAUUCUAAAAGUUUUAACUGUGUAUUUGAACUUGUACAACUUAUUUCUUGUUGUUAAUCUAUGUACAUGUACUCCCCAUUUAAACCCAUCAGGAUUGACUGUUUACUGCUAUAAUAUCUCAAUCUGAAAUUGUUGGGCAAAGCUGUUCAAAAAGCUCCUCAUUGAUCUGUUAGGGUUAACAUAUUUUAAAAGCAUAGAGAGCGCUAUGUAUCUACUUACUGUUUUUCAUACAUGCGCAAUAGUGAAGGGAAGAUCGGAUCAUUUUACUGACUUGAAUCUUUGAGUCUCGUUCAGCAAAAUAAACGAAUCUUUAUUCAAGUAAUUUCGUUCAUUUAAGCAGAAUUAAUUUAAAAUGUUACAUUUUCAAUAGCCAAAUCCCCCCACCCCCCCACCAACUCGUCUACUUACGCAAACUUUAAUUAUAGUCCCAAUAAGUAAAAAUUGAUAAUGCAGCCAAGGACAAAUGAUGAGAAACAGAAAUGAUUAGUUCACCUCUGGAAUCUUCUUGUCCGAGUCGUUCGCAUGACAAAAGAACUAACGACUCGGACCAGGGUAGGGUUGCACCAGCUGUGCGUUAAUUCUCACGUAAGUUGGGACGUAAAGUUCACACUAAGGGCUUAGUAGUUACUGGUUAGUUUGUAACUAAGUCAGUGCUUAAUUUGGUUGCACCACCUGUUCUUAAUGCAAGACUUAACUAGUAGGUCUUAAGUUCUCCGUAAAGUAAUGCGUAGUCGCAUAAUAUGACGUUUUGUAUACAGUACAAGUGUUAAAAAGCCAUGAACUUCAAUUUGAUCUUGUUACGGUUGAUGUUCAAACCUUGUCUGCUCACGUAACUGUGAGCUGUAAUUAUAUCCCCAUUAAAAUACGAUACGUAAUAAAAUUAGAAUGAAUAAAUAGUAUAUUUGACCUAACAAUAUAUAGGAACUGUAUUUAAAAUAAAUAAGAGGUGGUAAAUAAAUACUAAUACAACAGACUGUAAAAAUAGACAUUUAUUCAUUUUAAUAUCCUAUAUAUAUUUUGAAUGUGUUGAAACUUGACAUCAGGCGACGCACCCUGAAAACUGCACCGUUAGAACGGUUUCAUGCUAAAGAGCCGAAUAAAAGUAAUUUUCGCUCUCUUGUAAAUGUAAACGAGUGUAAAUGUCAACAAAUGUAUGUCAAAAUGAUUGAUGCCUGUCACGCAAAUCAUGAGCUCAUUGAUGUCAUAAAAUAUCAUUCGGAGGCUACCAUAAAUAUUUAGUUCAUACGUAGGGUUACGUCCCAUAAAUGUAAUGGUGCAACGCUCAAAUAUUUAGUAGUGCGUAAAUGCAAUCGCCCCCAGAAGACUCGAGAGGUGAACUAAUCAUUUCUGUUUCCCGUGUGAGCAAUGCAUAGCGUAUACGGCUGUCACGUGACAAAAGAACGAACGACUCAGACCAGAAGACUCGAGAGGUGAACUAAUCAUUUCUGUUUCCUGUACAGCACCUAUGCGGUUUUCAUGUAACAAACGAACAGAGGUUGCGCAAUGCACAUGCGCGGCCAACACAAAAUUAACGAAUCACUCUCUGAAAUUACUCGUUCUUCUGAGUCACAUAAAAGAUUCGUUCAUAAUGAACGACCCAUCACUAAUGCACAUUACCCAGCACAAUAUUAUGCUGUACAGCCUUUUUGACAUACUUAUUAUUUAUAAUGCCAAAUUAUUUAUUAAAGUCAAAAAGUCCUCUGCUGCAUGAAUUAUAUUCCUUAAAUGUCAAAGGUUUGGAGAAAUACAUAAUUCAGUUUUCAUUGGAUCUUUCAAUCAAUAAUAGGGAGUGUGUUAAUGUCUACUGUACUCUGUAAAAAAAUAAAAAUAAACUUGUUAAUCUCUGUAUUGAAAGUUAAGUAAUGUGUGUUAACUGAAUACAGUUUGGUUGCGUGAAUGGAUUUUGAUGGAGAUGCAUUUUUGUUGUAUUAAGUACCUGAUGUAAAAACAUCAGUUAACACUGAAAAAGUGAGAUACUGAUGCAUACAAUAUCUACAUGUUGUUAUUUGUACUAGGCUUAGGCAAAUUAGUUUACAAAUGUUGUUUUUUCAGACGUUUGCCUUUCAAGAAAGCGAACAAGUUUGACCUAGAUUACAUUACACCUUACAAAUACAGCACCUUAUUUUCACCAGUCUGCUCACUUUGAAAUGCCUUGAAUUGUCAAUUAAGAAAUUCUAACAAACAGUUUACAAUUUGUUGUAAUGGGAAAUUUUCUAUUUGUAUUCUGUUGAUAGGCAAGCAAGCAUUCACAUGGAAAAGGCUAGUACCCUCAACUUUGCACUAAACCUUGUUCAGCUUAUAAUCAUGUCAUGUUAUUCUCAUGAUAUUUUGGAACAACGCACUGUUAAGAAGAUAAUCAGUAUUUCAGGAAGCGUUGUGUAUGUAUGCAAUGCAUUUUUAAUAUGUGAGACGUUGACUGAAUUAAAGCUUGCAUUUUAAAUGCAGGUUAAUACUGUAUGGCAGUAUGUGUCUCGUAAGAUUUACCUGGCUGUUUUGUCAUGCCACUAUAACGGCCAUAUUCAAUCUGACAAACUUGUUACUGUUGAUAUGUUAUUGAAUAUAGCUUGUUACAUGUUGUGUAUUACCUCAGGUAUGAAACUUUUUAGGUUUUAUUUUAUUUUUUCACUAUGUACACAUUAGAAGCUGAAGCUAAUAGCAUUUCAGAAUUAAUUAUUACUCAGGUAAGUGCCAUUCAACUUUUAUUAAACAUUUGCAGCUUAGUUUGACUUUUUUAAAGUCAAUGUAUUUUUUUAUUAUUAUUGUAUUUAAAACAAUGUUACAGUGUUUCUUCCAGUGUUAACAUGUUUGUACCCAUUUGUUAUAUUUAUGGUUGAUGAUGGUUGAGUACAUGUAUUCUGUAAGCCCACUCUUUUUUUUUUUUUUUUUUCCAAAAGUAUAUUAUGUAAAAUAUUAAUUAAUUAUAAUUUAAUUAAAUGCCACAAAGUGUAUGAAGCAUACUGAGUGAAUAAACAAUUAGUUUUCUCU